GCCUAGUACUUCACACCGGGUCGCGGCCAAGCGUGGGCUGAUUUCUGCCAUUCUACUUUCCUCUCUAUCUGCCUUGGUGCAUCAUUCGAUACAUAUACAAAGACGGGCUCGAGGUCCACGUUAUCGUGUUACGAGCACAGCACAACACAACACAGCCAGCCGACACAGCAGCCAAGUCACAGAGGCUGCUCCAGCACACGUCAGAUAACACUACAAGGCACCAAAGCACCAGCGUUCCUCCCGACUCGGAAUCCAAGGAGACUAUGGGAGAACUACAAUACGCUCAGAGGACAUACUCGCCACUAUCGCAUGGUUUGAUGAGUAGUGCCUCUUUGAGCGAAGCCCCUCGCACGACUGGAGUUGGCCCGACCAACGCUGCUUUCCCUAGCGAGUACCACUCCAGCUAUCCUCCUGUUACAUUCACCAAGCCACCUACGGCUGCUUCCAACCUACUGACGCCUACUUCAUCGUCCAUGGCCUCUCCUCCCAUGCAUCCAAAUCAGUUACACCACGAUCCGCACUACGGAAGUUCCUAUCAACAGCCCGGCACCCCUCAUACCCAAGGGGGCACGACACCACUCCCGCCCCAAGAAUUGUACUAUCACAAUGCCAUAGACUACAACAGCCAGACGAGCUCCCCAAUGCCAAACCAAGGUGUUCUCCCACCCGAAGUCAUGAGCCGUCCGUAUGACAUGGAGGAGCGCCGGGGCCCGCCAAGUCCUCCAGCGUUUCAGCAUUUCGGCAGCUAUGGCGUUUCCGGGGGCCACUCCGCUUCCGACACUCCAUCAUCUUACUACUACCAUCACCCUGUAGUGAGGCACGAGCCAAAUCUCUAUCCCCUUGGUUAUCCUGAGGGCUCACGCCCUCUGGUAUCUCUGCCUCUGCUAGGCCAGCCGCAAGCGACCCAGUCUCGACAGCCUCGGCAACGUGGCGAAGACGUGAUGGUGCUGCCAGACAACGGAGCAGCACCGAAAGCUCCAUCCAGAGACACGCCCUCAAAACGAGGAGCGCAGCCCUCCAGGGUUCGGAAACGCCCUGCCCGCAAGGGCAGCAGCGGCUCACGUACUUUUGGGGUAGAAACAGCCUCCGCUGCAGACCACCUAGACUGUCAUGGAGAGGAGCGCCAGCCGCUGUUGAACCCAGACACACCUGAGGAGGAGAGGCUGAUCAUGGACCUGCGUUGGCGUUAUCGGAAUUCCAAAGGACAGGACAUGUGGGACUCUAUCCAGAGAGAAUACCACAGGGCGUUUCAAAAGGACUGCCCCAAGGAGCAACUCCAGAUGAAGUACAAACGCGCUCGCGCACGGUAUUUUCAGUGGCAAGAACGCGACAUCCAUCUUCUUGUGGAAGCAUACUUGGAGGUGGAGCGAAACCGCUACAGCAUGAUUCUGGAGAAAUUCCUCGAACGAGGCGGAUCUCGUAACAUGCAGCUCAGUGCCAGCGACAUUGAGGCCAAACUGGUCAACGGCCUCAAGCUCGAAGAAGGCCUCUACAUUGACCAUCCUGCCAAAUCUUCCGUCAAGGCCCGCAGGCGACGCAAGCUCAGCGCGCGCGCACGCCAGGGCAAGCCUGGGGACAACUCGGCGGAGAUGCUUCGAGAAGAAGUCUCUCUGCCGGGGUUGCGCCAAGCUACAGAUCCAGAGGAGACAUUUCGUCAGAUCCAGGAGCGUGAUGCCCAGGCAGCGACUGGAUCUUGGCCCGGGGCCUCUGGCUUGAGCCCGGGGAUGACGAGCUGCCAUGUGCAGAAUAUAGGGCAGGCGGCAGUCUCUCUUCAGCAUGGCGAACGUGCUGACUUCCCGGGCAAAUCCAGUAAGAGAGGUCCUGCUCGACGAUCGACAUGAGCGGCGGGCGCAGAGGACAUGUUCAUGCCAUCUUUCCCAUUUUAAAUACACUCUAACCAUUCCUUUAUUCAUCAUACAUGCAUAGACGACAUAUAUGCCCAAUGAAGAAUUCACGAGAUCGUUCCCUGGUAUGCUUUACUGAAUUGCCUGUGCACCUUGUUUUCGAGUAGCGUCGCGCAUUGCGCCCUGCUCACCUCUGAGAGACAAGCUCUUGAAAGCACUGAGUGUCAUUCAUUAGACACCGUCAUCUCAAUGCUUGUUUCGGCAUUGA